UAUUUUCUAAGAAUUGUUUACUUUUUUCUACAAAAAACUCUUUGGGCUAGUUCUCUAAAUUGGUUUUUAUUUUCCAGAUACUGUUUAUUUUAUAAUAAAUAUGGAAGAAUAUGAGCUGCAGUUGCUGACUGUAGAACAGGCGCUAUUGACGACACAGGAUGAAAGUACUCGACAAGAAUUGCAAGCUUUAAAAGACAGUAUUAUAGAGCUAAUAGCAUUGACACAAGUUACAGAGGAAGAAAACAAGAAUGGUGAUCAAAUAAACGACGAUGAAAUGCAGAGAUUUAUGAGGGAGAUCAAUGAAAUCGGCAAAGAUGAACAGCGUGAUGAUGGCUCAAAAUUACAAGACUUGAAAAAGAAAUUCGAAAAAAUGAUAGGAGAAAAGUGUUCCGCUCCCCACAAGCAUACAUGGGGAGCAGUAGGUUAUCACAAUGCCAUUAUAUGUGGCAUAGAAGAUGAUGCGUACAUAGACGAGGAUGGCAAUGUUGAUGUUAAAUUGCGAGUUCUGUAUACCAAUCCAACCCAUCGAGAAAUGCUGCCUUGCAAUUUCUACUUUGAAGGUAAUUGCCGAUUUGAUGAUGCCAAUUGCCACUUCUCACAUGGAGAAACGGUGCCAGCUGGCGAAUUAAGAGAAUAUGCAGUUCCGGACUUUUCACGUCUGUCGAGAAAUUGUGUUGUUUUGGCUAAACAAAAUGAUCGUAUGUGGCAUCGUGGGCGGGUGUUGUGUGCCAACUUUGUUGAAAAACUCUGCCGUGUUCGUUUGGAUAAUAGGGAGCACAAGGAACGAGAAAAAGAUUUUAAUUUUGAAGACCUAUUGCCAAUAUUUCAUGAUGAAGAUUUAUCUAGCGGCUCAUCAAGUGAUUCUGACAGUGAUUCCGAUGAAUAUCAAACAACUUCUCUAGAUUCUAACUUAUGUUUUAACAGUUUGUUCACUUACCAACUGACACAACCAUUAGGAAACUGGGAAAAACAUACCAGGGGUAUUGGCUCUAAACUAAUGGAAAAAAUGGGUUAUGUAUAUGGAACCGGUUUAGGAUCCGAUGGCCGUGGCAUAAUAACUCCAGUAACAGCACAAAUUCUACCACCUGGUCGUUCUUUGGAUCACUGCAUGGAACUACGAGAAGCUGCAAACGGAGAUAAAGAUCUUUUUAGUGUGGAGAAAAAACUUCAGAAAGAUCAAAAGAAACAGGAACAAUUGAAUGCUAAAGCUUAUGCAAGAGAGUCUCAAAAAACACCUGUUGAUGUAUUCUCUUUCAUCAACGACACAAUUUUAUCCACCUCCAAAAAUACUGAGGCACCCAAAAGUAAACCAUCUUUACAAAGUCAUUCCUCUAAAUCACUCAAUGUGGAAAGCGUGCGUGUGGCCGAUGAUAUACGUCGUAAGGAACGUGAAAUUAUCGAAGUCGAAAAAUCGUUAAAACGUAAUGCUAGUGGCUCAAAGAUUCACGAUCACUUAAAACAAAAGUUGCAAGCUAAAAAUGUAGAAUUGAAUGUGUUGCAACGAGAAGAAAAGUCCUUGUCAAGGGAACAAGCUACGCGAAAGACAAAAGAAAAGUUGUGUGUUUUUUAAUUUAAUAUGUAUUUGAUUUGUAUUUUUUUUAUUUGGAUUUAAAACUAUAUUAUUGCUAAUUUUAAUUAAUCAUGACAAGAAUUAUAAUUAGACAAAAUGUAAAUUAUUAUUUAGAACCAUUCUUAAAAUUAAGAAUUAAAGAAGGAUGUUAUGAUAAA